AUGCACAAUGGUUGGCACAACCACAAUAUGGGCGGUCACAGUCAUAAUCAUGGUCACCAACAUCAUAAUCACAAUCAUGAGCAUCAUGAUCGCGGAGGAAACAGAGAUCAUGUACAUGGUGGUAGUGGGCAUCUACAUAAUCAUGAUCAUCAUGAUCGCAGAGGAAACAGAGAUCAUGUACAAGGCGGUAGUGGGCAUCUACAUACAAAUCAUGGUAACAGGUGGCCUGAUCACAAUCAUGGUUAUCACAGUCAAGAGGCUGGUACAACCGGCUGGCACGACCACAUACAGCAUGGUCAUCAUAAUCACGAAGGUAAACACGGGCAUAACUAUCACAAUCAUGGAAUCGGACAUCAUAUCAGAAAAAACCGACAAAAUCACAAACACGACAAUCGUGAAUGGCGAUUGAAUGGUGUUAUCGGAUACAAUGGACGGUAUAGGAAACGGAACACAAAUAACAACGAUGGAGAAUUUUUUCAUGGAUUAAAUCCAGUAACACAUUUUCCACACGUCUGUGAUUCUGUUUGA